GCGGCAGGAGCAGCGUUAGCACGGGCGAACCAUGGCUGGGAUUUCUUAUUUCCUCCUCUUUUCGUUUCUGUUUGGGAUUUGCGACGCUGUCACCGGUUCCAGGGUGUAUCCCGCGAAUGAAGUUACUUUACUGGAUUCCAGAUCUGUUCAGGGAGAACUUGGGUGGAUAGCAAGCCCUCUGGAAGGAGGGUGGGAGGAAGUGAGUAUCAUGGAUGAAAAAAAUACGCCAAUCCGAACCUACCAAGUGUGCAACGUGAUGGAGCCCAGCCAGAAUAAUUGGCUGCGAACUGAUUGGAUCACCCGAGAAGGGGCUCAGAGGGUGUACAUUGAGAUCAAGUUCACCCUGAGGGACUGCAACAGUCUUCCGGGUGUCAUGGGCACUUGCAAGGAGACGUUUAACCUGUACUACUAUGAAUCAGACAACGACAAGGAGCGUUUUAUCCGAGAGAGCCAGUUUGCCAAAAUUGACACCAUCGCCGCCGACGAGAGCUUCACCCAAGUGGACAUUGGCGACCGAAUCAUGAAGCUGAACACGGAAAUCCGGGAUGUAGGGCCAUUGAGCAAAAAGGGGUUCUAUCUGGCGUUUCAGGAUGUAGGGGCCUGCAUCGCCUUGGUUUCGGUCCGAGUGUUCUACAAGAAGUGUCCGCUCACCGUUCGCAAUCUGGCUCAGUUUCCAGACACCAUCACAGGCGCCGAUACGUCUUCCCUGGUGGAAGUUCGAGGCUCCUGUGUCAACAACUCAGAAGAGAAGGAUGUGCCAAAAAUGUACUGCGGGGCAGAUGGUGAAUGGCUGGUACCCAUUGGCAACUGCCUAUGCCAUGCCGGGCAUGAAGAGCGGAAUGGAGAAUGCCAAGCUUGCAAAAUUGGAUAUUACAAGGCCCUGUCCACAGAUGCCAGCUGUGCCAAGUGUCCACCACACAGCUAUUCUGUCUGGGAAGGAGCCACAUCGUGCACCUGUGACCGAGGCUUUUUCAGAGCCGACAACGAUGCUGCCUCCAUGCCCUGCACCCGUCCACCAUCUGCUCCUCUAAACUUGAUUUCAAAUGUCAAUGAGACUUCAGUGAACUUGGAAUGGAGCAGUCCUCAGAACACGGGUGGCCGCCAGGAUAUUUCCUACAAUGUCGUGUGCAAGAAAUGUGGAACAGGUGACUCCAGCAAGUGCCGACCCUGCGGAAGUGGGGUCCACUACACCCCGCAGCAGAACGGACUGAAGUCCACCAAGGUCUCCAUCACUGACCUCCUGGCUCAUACCAACUACACGUUUGAAAUCUGGGCAGUGAAUGGCGUGUCCAAGUAUAACCCUAGCCCAGACCAAUCUGUGUCCGUCACUGUGACCACCAACCAAGCAGCACCUUCAUCCAUUGCUUUGGUCCAGGCUAAAGAAGUUACAAGAUACAGUGUUGCUCUGGCUUGGCUGGAACCAGACCGGCCCAAUGGGGUGAUCUUGGAGUAUGAAGUCAAGUAUUAUGAGAAGGAUCAGAAUGAACGAAGCUAUCGGAUUGUUAGGACGGCUGCCAGGAACACGGAUAUCAAAGGCCUGAACCCUCUGACUUCCUAUGUUUUCCAUGUCCGAGCCAGGACAGCAGCUGGCUAUGGAGAUUUCAGCGAGCCCCUGGAGGUCACAACCAACACAGUGCCUUCCCGGAUCAUUGGAGACGGGGCCAACUCCACCGUCCUGCUGGUCUCCGUCUCCGGCAGCUUGGUGCUAGUGGUUAUUCUCAUCGCCGCUUUUGUCAUCAGCAGGAGACGGAGUAAAUACAGUAAAGCAAAACAAGAAGCAGAUGAAGAGAAACAUUUGAACCAAGGUGUUAGAACUUACGUGGAUCCCUUUACAUAUGAAGAUCCCAACCAAGCAGUUCGAGAAUUUGCCAAAGAAAUCGAUGCAUCCUGCAUUAAGAUUGAAAAAGUCAUAGGAGUUGGUGAAUUUGGUGAAGUAUGCAGUGGGCGUCUCAAAGUGCCUGGCAAAAGAGAAAUCUACGUGGCUAUCAAGACAUUGAAAGCUGGUUAUACAGACAAACAGAGGAGGGACUUCCUGAGUGAGGCCAGCAUCAUGGGACAGUUUGACCACCCAAAUAUCAUUCACUUGGAAGGCGUUGUCACCAAAUGUAAACCAGUAAUGAUCAUAACAGAGUACAUGGAGAAUGGCUCCUUGGAUGCAUUCCUCAGGAAGAAUGAUGGCAGAUUUACGGUCAUUCAGCUGGUGGGCAUGCUUCGUGGCAUAGGGUCCGGGAUGAAGUAUUUAUCUGAUAUGAGCUACGUGCAUCGAGAUCUGGCUGCACGGAACAUUCUGGUCAAUAGCAACUUGGUCUGCAAAGUGUCUGAUUUUGGCAUGUCCCGAGUGCUAGAGGAUGAUCCAGAAGCAGCUUAUACCACCAGGGGUGGCAAGAUUCCUAUCCGGUGGACUGCGCCAGAAGCUAUUGCCUAUCGUAAAUUCACAUCAGCAAGUGAUGUAUGGAGCUACGGGAUCGUCAUGUGGGAAGUGAUGUCAUAUGGAGAGAGACCCUAUUGGGAUAUGUCCAAUCAAGAUGUGAUUAAGGCCAUCGAGGAAGGCUAUCGGCUGCCCCCUCCAAUGGAUUGCCCCAUUGCACUCCACCAGCUGAUGCUAGACUGUUGGCAGAAGGAGAGAAGCGACAGGCCUAAAUUUGGGCAGAUUGUCAACAUGUUGGACAAACUCAUCCGCAAUCCCAACAGCUUGAAGAGGACGGGGACCGAGAGCUCCAGACCUAACACUGCCUUGUUGGAUCCAAGCUCCCCUGAAUUCUCUGCCGUGGUAUCGGUGGGUGAUUGGCUCCAGGCCAUUAAAAUGGACCGGUAUAAGGAUAACUUCACUGCUGCUGGUUAUACCACACUAGAGGCUGUAGUGCACAUGAACCAGGAUGACCUGGCCAGAAUUGGCAUCACAGCUAUCACACACCAGAAUAAGAUCUUGAGCAGUGUCCAGGCAAUGAGAACCCAAAUGCAGCAGAUACACGGCAGAAUGGUUCCAGUCUGAGCCAGUAUUGAAUAAACUCAAGACUCUUGAAAUUAGUUUACCUCAUCCAUGCACUUUAAUUGAAGAACUGCACUUUUUUUACUUCGUCUUCGCCCUCUGAAAUUAAAGAAAAAAAUAUCUGCAGCGUUGCUUGGUGUACAGAUGGCUGAAACUGUGGGGCUUACAGAAAUGACAACCUUCAUUUGAAUUAGACCUGGAACAAAUUGUUUCUCAGAAGUCCAUCCAUCCAUCACCAAUUUGUAAAAUACAUGUACCUAUAUAAAUAGAACACCCGCCUCCUGUUUCAAUGCCGUAUUUGCUGCCAGACGCUGAGCUUCUCCGAGACAUCCUUGAUCUUCUCUCCAUUUGGAAUUACAACCGUAGUGUUUUGUUUCUGGCAUAAAUUACAGUCCAUCCUUCUUUCACUGGAAUGAAGACCAUGCCCAUUUUUGAAGGACUCAGUUAAACUUUUAAGGCUUGGUUCGUACCAGGGAUAAAACCUAGGUGAACGUCAUGUGACUCAUCAGUGUUGCCGCUUGGUGCUCGGGCCACCUGGUGGAUUAUGCAGACACGCGGGGCUGGAGAGAAAAGGAAAGUGGAUUUUAAAAUAAUAAUAAUAAUAAUAAUAAUAAUAAUAAUAAUAAUAAAACCCAAGCACCAUACCCCCCACCUGGACAAACGAGGUCUGUUUCUUUGGGCCCGAGGCUGUGCCAUAUAAGUCUUAUCUGGGGACUCUACAAACUUAUCGUAACUACCUUAUGGAUAGUGGAUUGUGACAAUCUUGUGUAGGGAAGUUUCAUACUUUCCUCCUUUAAAGAAGCAAACCCAAAUCUACAAGGGAGUACAUUCUGCUAUCUUGGCCUCACAGCCCUUCCUUUUGAUUACAAAGCCCACAGAAGCAAACAGAACACACCCUCCUCAGUUCCUUCUAAACGUGUUUCUUCUGCUUCUACUAUGCCGGUUCUGGAGCAAAGACGCUGAUGAAACAACACUCAUUCCUGAAAAGAACACAUUUCUGACUUUCAAAUCCCCUUUCCCGGUGAAAGAAAUGGCAAACAUUCAAGCUUCAGCAUCUGUUUUCCAAUUGCACUGAGGAAUGUCCUGUCUGGCAGCACCAGCUCUGCAGAGCCCCUGUUCCCCAACUCCUUUAGUUUUAUUUAUAUGUAUUUCCAUAUCUCAUUUCUGUAUGUCCCUGCUGCAUUGGUGUGGCAGCAAGUGACCGAAGGCUACAGGUUUUACCAUGGACACCAGGUCCGGUGCCACCACACAAAACAAAGCCAGUUCCCAUGAGCUGCCUACGAUAUGCAUUGCUAAAGUAACGUUUUACCCAGGGUGUGCCAUCGCAGUGAUAUAAAUAUAUUUUUUUCCUAGACUAAAUAUGAGCUGACUAUCUCUUUUGAUGUGUGUACAUAGGUGUGUGUGUAUGUAUGCGUGUGUACGUGUGUGUGAGUAUAUAACCUCAUGCUUAGAACUGCCUGUGAAUGUUGCGGAAUGCUACACGUGGAGAGGUCUGGUUUGCCACCAGUUCUGAGAUGAAGAGCCACGUGAGAUAGUGGGCCUGGAAACCAUGCCCCAUCCCCUUAGAAGGACAACCCGGAAGUGUUAACUGUCCUGUAUCUAUAAGUGUAUUUUGUAGCAGCCACGCUAACCUUAGUAAGUCAUCCUACAGCUUUGGACAGAGGCAUUUUCACCUUAGCGGUGGAGUGAUUUUAGAAUAUAAAUCCAUUCAGGUGACAACCCAUCAUCAAAAUCACGAAUUCUGAUUGAACUCCUCACCUGGAUCACCAGUUCCUUGGUGGAGGGAGAGAAGGGGAUGGAAUUUGUCUAGUAACCCCAAAUGGAAUACAAGUAGCCUUUGUUUUCCUGCAUAAAUGGACGUGUUGAAUGCGAACAAAUAUAUGCAAUUCAUAUACUUUCGGAGAUGAACGUAGACGCGUGUGUCGGCUUUGAGAUGUUGUGUCCUGGAUUAAUACUUUGUCUCCCAAUAUCACAGAAAAAUACAUGCCAGCGACUCUUGAGGUUAGCAUA